AUGUUCCCCUUUGACAUUUUGCAGAGGACUUAUACCAUCAUAUUUCCUCCGACUGCAACUAAGAAUGACGAUGCUAUCCGGAUCGGGCUGCUAGGGGCCUCCAAGAUAGCACCAUUUGUUGUUGUAAACCCGGCCAAGUCCCAUCCAGAUGUCAUCGUGGCAGCUGUGGCAGCUCGUGAUAGUGAACGCGCAAAACGAUAUGCCAAGACGCAUGGAAUUCCCAUCGUGCAUUCAUCUUACCAAGACCUGAUAGAUGACCCAUCGAUUGAUGCAAUCUACGUUGCUCUGCCGAAUGGUCUGCACUACGAAUGGGCCCUGCGAUCCAUUCGUGCAGGAAAGCAUGUUCUUCUCGAAAAACCUUCUUGCUCAAAUGCCAUUGAGGCGAAGCAGCUUUUCAAUCAUCCGCUGGUGACCGCCAAAAAUGCACCCGUUCUCCUGGAAGCCUUCCACUAUCAAUUUCACCCAGCCUGGCAGACAUACCUCUCGGAGGUUCGUAAGUCUCCGGGUAGCAUCAAAAGCGUCCAUGCUGAAUUUCUCCUAUCACCCGGCCUAUUGGGGUCUGACGAUAUUCGGUUCACGUAUGACCUAGGCGGGGGUUGCAUGAUGGAUGUGGGAACCUACGCUCUUUCUAUCGUUCGUCAGAUUCUAGGACGGGAGAAGGUCCUCGAGCCUGUUGAAGUGAGCUAUCGUGGAUUGCCGCCAGGAACGGACGGAAAAGCCAAGGAGCCACAAAUUGAUGAGGCGAUUGACGCGAAAUACCGCACAGCUGAUUCAGUCGAUGUCCACAUAAGUGGCGACCUUGUUACUAGAGGGAAUUGGCCUUCCUUCUUCCCGGCAUCAUUGACCCGGAGAUUACCAUCUUUCAACUGGCCAAAGAGCUCGGUUACUUUCGAACCUGUAGUCGUUGACUCUCAGAAUGGGGAAGGUCAUACUCCGUCCCAGCACUUUAUGCAACGAACUUUGACAAUGCGGAAUCCUUUAAUUCCAACGUUCUACCAUCGGAUUGAUAUUUCGGAUCAGCACAUCCUGCGACAGGGAGAUCAUAUUACCAAGACCUGGAAUGAGACAACUUACAAAACGGCAUAUAACUGGCCCGAAGGAGACAAACGUGCUGCUGUAUACAAAGACUGGUGGACCACGUACCGCUGUCAGUUGGAAGAAUUUGUGAAUAGAGUCAAGGGUCGUGAAGGAUCUGGCGUCUGGGUUGAUGGGAAAGAGAGUAUUGCGCAGAUGGAGACCAUUGAUCGGACUUAUGAGAAAGCUGGAUUGCAACUUCGGCCAACCAGUACAUUUGAGUUGUAG